UAGUCGAGUUUUAUGGUCCUCCCAGUACCCAACUUCCUUCUAUCUCACUCUGCUACCAUCCCAAACAUGAUGCAAGCCAUGUUGGCGUGUCUGAGUAGAAAAGUAGAAGAAGAACUCAAAGUGACAGAAGCAGUGUACAGAGAUGAGUUGAUGAAGAAAAAGAAAUCUUCUUCAGGGUCGAGCAAGGAAGCGAAGAAAAGUGUCCGUUUUGCAGAUUCAGAAGCUUCCAUUUUUGGAGAAGAGAAGAAAGGAAGGUACAGUGAUAAUGAAUCAAGAGGAAAAGAAACGAUCAGAGUGAAGGUAAAGAUGACAAAGGAAGAAGCUGCACGGUUGCUGUCGAAAUGCAAAGAAGGAGGAGUUCUCGAGUUCAAGGAUGUUGCUCAUCAGCUUCUAGCUCUCCCAGUAAACCGUGUUAGGGUUCUGUCUCCUUCACAUCAACCAUAAUUUCUCUCAGUACAUCACUCGGAUUAUGUGUGUUUAGGAAGAUUCUGUUAAAUUCUCAACUUUAUAAUUCUAUAUGAAACACUAUCUUAUGCAGAAAAUUCAUGCCAUACAUGGUACUGAAUUCACUCAGAUCAUAAAGUUUUUGUUAGCUUUCUGUACAGAUUAUUGAUAUUUAAUAGGUGUUCAGUUGUUUUA